GCAGCGGGACGAGGGGACCACGGCGGCGGACGCACGUUCACGGGGCAUGGCGUGGUGCGCGUUCUAGUAAACAAGUUGUGCGCGACUCGUGCGGGGAAUCUGCGUCCCGGAGAGAUCGUGAUUUUUCUUCCGACUAGCGCGGUACAGCCCGCCCCGAGUGAAUCAUACCCGUACACGGGCGUGGAUAGUUUAGUUUAGACUGCGCGUGCAUCCGUGACGGCACGACAACGACGUGUCGUGGAAUAUUCAGUACGGUCGGAAGGACGAGAAGUUCAUCGAGCUCUGGUGUAACUCUACCACGGCGGACCACCUCGUGUGUUCUCUGUCUGUUUGGCUGCCUGCUGCCUGCUGCCUGCCUGCCUGCCUGCCUGUCUGCCUGCCUGCCUGCCUGCCUGCCUGCCUGCCUGCCUGCCUGCCUGCCUGCCUGCCUGCCUGGCUCUCUCUAUGUGUAUCUAUAGAUGUGUUACGUACGUGUGUGUGAUUAUUACGUUACGGGUGUUUAUAUACGGGGAGCAAGUGUUUCGUGUUGUUGUUGUUGUUGUUGUUGUUGUUGUUGACAAAGUGUUGACCGAUUCUCAGCGUCAUCGAUCGGCUCUCGAUCGCAUCCACCGCGUCACGACGUCUCGCAAGGAGCAUCCGAAGGAUUCUUCCUUGGCGUUAAUUCGAGCAGCGAGCGACUCGGAUACCGCUAGCGAGGAAACGAGAGGUCCGGGAUCAUUUUCGUUCGCCUGGCGUUGGAUCGUAUCGCGGGAGGAAAUAAAGAGAGAGGAAACAGAGACGGCGGAAGGAACGCGACGUGCCGGAAUUUCGUGGAUCCUCGUCGCCGGGACGAAGACGCGCCGCGAGCGUGAAUCGCGCGACGUGGAAUGACCGAAACCAGAAGAAGAAGGAGAAGACGAGGCAGAAGAAAUUUCACGGACCGCGCGCACGGCAGGACUUAAUAUUCGUCGAGAGCGGAUCGAUCGUCGUCGCGUCGAGUUCGAGGGACGACGGAGAUCACGAGGGGCAGUACGCGCUCGAUGGCGUCGUUUGACCUACCGACCCAUCGGUAUUGUCUUUCCAGCGUUACAGGCUGAUAUUCCGUUCGAUCUCCGGACAGGUCGGAGCUCGAGAUCGCGAACCAAACCGCGGAGAGAUGUUUCGUUCGACGAUCGAGCGAACAUUGGAUCGGUGCGCGUCCUGAGUCGCGGCAUUCUCAAUUCUUUUCCGAACGAGUCGACGCACUGAUUCGAUUCCUAAGCUUUGACAGAAUACCUGACGGAAGACUCUCGUGCUUGACGAAGAUGACCAAGGGAGCGGGAAAGGAUUGCUCCCCGGUCUGACUAAAUCGGAGGACAUCCGUAGGACGAGGGUUCCAGGGGGUUUUCCGGCCUCGCUGGCAAGGCCGCGACCGUCUCGAGAGGAAUCUCUCGUUCCCCGGGAACGGAAGGAUGAAGUCAGCGUGGUGCACGCGCAGCUUCGAUAGCGCAGCGUCCGAGGAGGAAUCGGUUGGCGCACCACCUUCGGAGGUAUCUAAGCGAACCUCCGUCCAUCGUGGAAACAUCGACACCGCGGCUACCACGGAUUGCAACGACGUCGUCGUUACCACCACCACCACCACCACCACCGCCACCACCACCACCACCACCACCACCACCACCACCACCUCCACCACCACCUGCCACUGCCAUUGUCCGUCGGGUCGUGGCACCCUCGAGCAUACCGACCCGUUCUAUUUUCUCUCGUCGUCGUCGUCCACGUCGUCCUGGCCGUGUCGGACCACCCGCUGCGAUCUCUGCGACCGUCUUCGUGGACACCAAGAGCCGCUGGACCAUCGAAUCGCGACCGCCAAAACCGAGCACGUGCGCCACAAAGCCAUGACUUUGUCUAGGACGUUCGGCCGCGAGAGUCUCGAGACCGCGACUUCCGCUUCCAAGACCUGCGCCUCGAGCGUCGUGCGGUGGAACUCGCGGAUCGAGAGAUCGUUUCGCUGGACGAUGCAGAAGCAAACGCCCACGUGGACGAUUUUGUUCUUGUUAAUACUUGUGUUCCCCGCUCUCGCGAACCAUCAGAACAGGAAGUCGAGCGGAUCCCCCAAAGAAGUGGGAGUGUGCCAAAGCGUAGACAUAAGAAACGACGUGCGUAAUUUCAUGAAACUGAAGGGAUGUCGGAUCGUCGAGGGCUUCGUACAAAUAGUACUGAUCGACAACGCCGAGCCAGGACAGUACGCCAACAUUUCUUUCCCGGAGUUGAGAGAGAUCACCGGAUAUCUGAUGUUCUACAGGGUAAAAGGUCUGCGGAGCAUCGGUCGGCUAUUCCCAAACCUGACUGUGAUCCGCGGCCAGUCCCUUUUGAAGAACUACGCGUUGGUCGCGUUCGAGAUGAUGCACCUGCAGGAGAUCGGUCUUCACAGCCUCACCACGAUCGUGCGGGGCUCCGUACGGUUCGAGAUGAACCCCGCUCUCUGUUACGUGGACACGAUCGACUGGGACUUAAUCGUCAAGGCCGGAAAAGCCGAACACGAUAGGGGCAACAAUCCGAGGAACGGGUGCCCGGUCUGUGAGAAAAACUGUCCUCAAAAACCGACCAAUCCAGGCGAGACUUUGUGCUGGAACCAGCAACACUGCCAACAAAUUUGCGACCCGAAAUGCGAGAACAACGCCUGCGACGAGACGGGCAAGUGUUGCCACCCGUCGUGCCUGGGUACGUGUUUCGGGCCGACGAUGAGCGACUGUAUGGUGUGCAAGAACGUGAUGACCGCGAACAACGAAUGCAAGGACAGGUGUCCGGACGGGCUGCUAGAGUUUAUGAGCCACCGGUGCAUCGACGAGGACAGGUGUCGUCGUAUGGAGAAACCACGGGAGGCGUACAACGUGAAGAACUUCCCGUACAAGCCGUUCAACGGGAGCUGCACGAUGGAGUGUCCGGCCGGAUACACGGACGAGGAGAUAAAUGGUAAACCGUCGUGCAAGAAGUGCGACGGUCGCUGUCAGAAGAAGUGCGCCGGAUUGAACGUGGACAGUAUAUCCUCAGCGCAGACACUGCGCGGUUGCACCCACAUAACCGGGAACCUGGAGAUACAGAUACGCGGCGGCAAGAACAUCGUCAAGGAGCUGGAGGACAGCCUGAGCACCAUAGAGGAGAUCGACGGCUAUCUGAAGGUCGUGCGUAGCUUUCAGCUGAUAUCGUUGAACUUUCUCAAGAAUCUUCGGCUGAUACGCGGCAACGACAUCGACAGCUCCAAGAACUCCCUGGUGGUGAUGGACAACCAGAACCUGCGGGAGCUGUGGGACUGGAGCUGGCACCGCGACAUAAAGAUCCUGUCCAAGGGCGAGCCCGGCAAAGUGUUCUUCCAUCUGAAUCCGAAACUGUGUCUGGACAAGAUCGAGACGUUGAGGGAGAAGGCGGGCCUGAGGCCGUUCACCGAUUUCGAUGUGGUGCCGAACAGCAACGGGGACAAGGUGGCCUGCAACGUGACCGAACUGAAGACCAGGGUGGGCACAAAAUCGCCAUGGGGGGCGGUGAUAGAGUGGGAGCCGUUCAACCACCACGACGCCAGGUCGCUGUUGGGCUACGUGGUGUACUUCAUCGAGGCACCGAAUGGAAACGUGACGAUGUACGACGGCAGGGACGCCUGCGGCGGGGACGGCUGGAAGGUGGACGACGUGGCGGCGAACAGGAACGCCAGCUUGAUGGAGAGCUCGAAAUUUCCCGGGCAAGAGGAGAAGAGGGUGCACGCCCACUAUCUGGCUCAGUUGAAGCCGUACACGCGGUACGCGUACUACGUGAAGACUUACACGAUAGCCAGCGAGAGGUCCGGUGCCCAGAGCAACCUGACCUAUUUCAGAACGAUGCCCGAGGCACCCGAGCCUCCGAGGUUCCUCAAAACCUGGAGCACAUCGAGCAACGAGCUAGGCAUGUCCUGGUCCCCGCCACUGAACAAGAACGGAAGAUUGACCCACUAUCGAAUCUCCAGCCGAUGGGAACCGGACGAUCCGAACUUUAUCGAUCAGAGGAACUACUGCGAGGAACCGAUGCUGCUGACGGACAAGAAGGCGAUCUCGGCGGAGGACGAGGAUCGGAAACGGAUGGAGGAGGAGGAUAGGAAACGGAUGGAGGAAGAGAAGAAGAACAUCGCUUCGAAGGCCGAGACUUGCGAGUGCACGAAUCGCGAGACCGAUCAGUCGCUACGGGAGAAGGAAGCCUCGAGCGCGAUCGCCUUCGAGGACGCUUUGCACAACCAGGUGUACGUGAAGCGGAAAACGAGGACGAAGCGGGACCUAGGGAACGCGCCGUUCGUUUCUUCCGGCCGUAAAACGGUGGUGGACCGCGAUCUGCCCAUCGUGAACAAGAUGGAGAACAACACCUACGUGGUUUUCGGGCAACUCGUGCCGAGCACCAACUUGUCCUACGUGAUAAAAAAUGUACGUCACUUCGCCGUGUACUACAUCGAGGUGCAGGCGUGUAGGGCGCAAGAGAUGAACGACAACUACACGAAAUGCUCCACCAAGAGUAUGAGGACCAUCCGUACGUUCGCGUUGGACAGCGCCGACAAUAUUCCACCGAACACGUUCGAGAUGAGCACGUCUCGCGAGAACAACAGCCUGACGACCAUGGUCACGCUUCAGUGGGAGGAACCCCCGCAACCCAACGGUCUGAUAGUCACUUACCAGAUCGAGUACAAGAGGGUGGACAUUCAAAACUACAAGCCGACGGUGAUUUGCAUCACGAGGCGGGAUUUUACCAAAGCGGGGAAAUCGUACGUACUGAAGGGUCUACAAGCCGGAAACUACUCCGUGAAGGUCAGAGCGACCAGUCUGGCUGGUAACGGCGCGUACACGCAGGUCAAGUACUUUUACAUCGAGGAACGGAACACGCUGAGCAUGUUCUGGUUGAUCUUUUGGCUGUUAUUCUGUGUGAUACUGCUGGUUCUCUGUUUGACGGUGUUCUACGUGUUGAAACGGAAGUAUAUGAAGGGCGUGGCGAACGCGACCCUGAUAGCGACGGUGAACCCGGAGUACAUGAGCGCCCCGUACGUCCUGGACGAAUGGGAGGUGCCCAGAGAGAAGAUCGAGAUGCUCAAGUCGCUGGGAAACGGUUCGUUCGGGAUGGUGUACGAAGGCAUAGCCAGGGAUAUCGUGAAAGGUAAACCGGAAGUCCAAUGCGCCGUGAAAACGGUGAACAAGGACGCCACUAAUCGGGAGCGUAUCGAGUUUCUCAACGAGGCGUCGGUCAUGAAGGGCUUCGACGCUCAUCACGUGGUAAAGUUGUUGGGUGUCGUGACGCGCGGGCAACCAACGUUGGUCAUCAUGGAACUGAUGGUGAACGGCGAUCUGAAGAGAUACCUGAGAAGCCACAGACCGGGAACGUGCGAGAACUUCUCGAACACGCCCCCGAAAUUGGAAAGAAUACUCCAAAUGGCGAUCGAGAUCGCGGACGGUAUGGCGUAUCUCGCGACGAAGAAGUUCGUCCACAGAGAUCUGGCCGCGCGGAAUUGCAUGGUCGCCGAGGAUCUGACCGUGAAGGUGGGAGACUUUGGGAUGACCAGAGACGUGUACGAGAGAGAUUACUAUCGAAAGGGGAGCAAGGGUCUUUUGCCGGUUAGGUGGAUGGCGCCCGAGAGCUUGAAGGACGGCGUGUUCAGCAGCUAUUCCGACGUCUGGAGCUACGGGGUCGUGUUGUGGGAAAUGGUGACGUUCGCGUCGCAGCCCUAUCAGGGUUUAGCCAACGACCAGGUUUUGCGGUACGUGAUCGAAGGAGGAGUGAUGGAGCGACCGGAGAAUUGUCCGGAGCUACUGUACGAGCUGAUGAAACGCACUUGGAGACACAAAGCGACCAGGAGACCCACGUUCAUGGACAUCGCCAUGAUGUUGCUAAAACACAUCGAUUCCGAAAAAUUUCAACUAGUCAGUUUCUAUCACAGCACGGAGGGAAUCGAGGCACGAAGUCAAAACAGAUCCAACUCUCCGCUGACCGACCAACACUUGGAGCUCUCUACUUUGCAAGACCUGCAAGAAGAAGAGACGGAAGGCGAGGAGGACUCCCCGUUGCGGCAAGAUUUCGGCAACUUCGCCAGCGUCGAGCCCAGCAGUAUUAAAAACAUCUUCGAGUUCCGCUACGGGAUGGACUCCUACGGCGAGAACUCGAAGGCCACCGUCAACUGUCACAACGCGAACUCCUCGAACGUGCCGUUGAAGGCGUGUUUCGACGACUUCGACGGAGUCUCCGCGAACUCGAUAGCCUCGGGCAAGGACGCUUUGAACCUGCCGUUCGCGGAGGAGAGCCUGAAGUCGGUGAGGAGCUCGCCCUUCAUGGACGCGAGAAGCGUGUCCAGGAGCAACCUGAGCCAGCUCUCUAUGGGCAACAAGUCCGGGAGCAGCCCGAUGAACACGAACAAACGAAACUUUCUGAGCAGCCCGAACUCGUCCAAGCUGGCCAGCCCGGACUACGAGAACGGCAGCCCGGAGAUACCGUCGACCGUCGAAAAGAGGGAGAUGAUGCCGCUCAGAGUCGAUUUCCCGUCCAUGGACGCGAUCGACAUCGACAACGAGAAAGACUCGAUACAAUCGACGGUCGAGUACGUAAACAAACCGGAGACUUUGAACAACGGGUACAUCAGUGGCGCGACCACGUAGUUUUAACGCGUUCGCGGUUCGAGUUUUUCCUCUCGUCCCUCAUCCGCGACUCGGUGCGAGUCCUCGAACGCGUAACGUUACUCGGGAAAGUCUGACGCGGACGUGUUCAGGGUAUUCCAAAGUCGAACGACCGUUCGAAAGGGGCAGUGUCUGCGCGACUGAUCCGCAAACGCGACUAAAUAUGUUCCAAAAAUCCCUGCCACUGCGUUCUCUCUACGCUCAAGCGGUGCGUUGGACAAAAGUGCGCUUUGGAGAAGCCCGGGGAAGGUGUUCCGAUCGUGUAACUUGUAUUUUUUAAGCCUUUGGACGCGAUCGACCGUGCACGCUCGAUUUUUUUUACGCGUCCGUGGUUCGUUUAUUUUUCUCUCCGAGAGCAGCCUAUCCGCGAGAAGCCGGAAAUUUUACUUCGCGCCUCGUUACAGCAGACACUGCCUUUUUAAGACGAAAGAAAAUUGCGCGCAGCGGAACGAACGGUGCAAAUUCGGCACGUUUGCUGACAAAUCGAGGACGACUCGACGAGAACGCGCGCCAUUUCUGGCCCGUUGCAGCAGCCGUGUUUUCAAUUGUGUACGUAACCAUGUACGUAAUCACAUCAAAGAUUUGUAUGUUAAUUAACGAUUUGCUUUACACAUGUACGGACAGGGCGUGAUUUUUCUAAAGCGACCGAUACGAUUAUUUUUUAAGUUCCCGGACGUGAGGUUCGAACGGAGACGUCGCGUAGCGGAAACGACUAUUUUUUAACGCUACAUUUACGGAACCCAUUACUUUGUCGGUUCCAUUUGUUAGAUUCCAUGCUUAAAGUUACAGAACUCGUAAAUACUGUUUCUUAGUAAUUUAUACUAAAUUUGAUCGAUUUAAUGAUGUAAAUAUAUAUACCGAUUAAAUGAACAAUCGUAUUUUAACGUAAUCGUCAACACGAAAGGUUUCGUGGAAAAUAUGUGCAAUCGAUGUCCAUAAAUUUUCUCGCGUUACAUAGGAGUCUGUUGGAUUUAAGUUUUUCGCUCGAGACAAUGAAUUUUCAAUCUGUACAUAAUUAGAGCCACGAAUAACAACUUGAGAAAUAAUCAGGACGUUCGUUUUACAAAGAUCGCUAUACGCGUGUGUACAUGUUAAUUAGAGUGCGUGUGUAUGUACGUGUGAGUGGGUGCGUGUGCGUGUCCGUUACAUUAUUAAUAAUUUAGAAACGCGUUUCUCUUCGUUCGAAACUAACCGUGACAAGGAAACGUCGGCUUCCUACCUUACGUUGACUGCGUCGAAGCGGUAAAUCCAAGUGGCAAUUAGGCGCGCCGCCUCGCUACCGGGCGGUACGACGAUUUUAUACUGUGCAAGGAACACGCGGAACGCGCUUAGCUGCCACUUUGCACGAUUUCAUGCUUCCUCGCGACUACUAUUACCGAUAGGUUAGAUUAUACGACGAUUCGUUGGAGAGGGAACGCGUAAUCGACCGCAUCGAGUAUCCUCCCGGAGGAGUACACGACAUUUUCCCCGCCAUUUUUGCGUGGCCGGAGAUCGCCGAGAGACGAAGGCAUCCAACGAGGAAACGAUUCGGCCCGAUUUCCUUGCCGCGGACACGAGAAACCGCAUUCCCCGCGAAAGAUACGACCCGAUCGUGCGAUAGAGAAAUUACUCGAUCGGUGGUCGACGCGGGCGUAUCGAUGCGUCUCGUGUCGCGCCGUGACGCGAAUAGGGGAAACAAAUUGAACCAUUCGGAGGCAUGAUCUCAGUAUGCUUCCGAGUAGACGAGAGAACGUAGACUGUUUAUAGCUCGAGGUCGAUCGACGAACGAAAUAGGUUCGAACGCAAAAGGUUUUGUCGUCGCCUCGGGAGUUUAGCGUCGAGCAAGAAGCGAGAGGAGAGAAUACGAUGCCACGAGCAGCAACGCGGUACACGGUCGAGUCUAGACGUAACGAGCCUCUAACACACAAGACUGAUUAGCAAAUCCCAUUUUAUUAACGCCAGUGUUUGCUGAGUAAGUUUAACGUAAUCGAACGAAAUGGUAGAAGUUCCAUACACACGUGUAUACAUAUAUUUUCUCAUCUCUUCGCGAAGGCCAUCCUACGUUUUUUUUUAAUUUUUUUUUUUCUUUCUCUUUCCUCGUUCGCCGAGUGCAUCCGCUCGAGACCCGUUAUGUCCCCUUUGUUUCUCCUCGAGACUUACUGUCGCGUGUACUUUCGUUCAAUUUUUCUCGCUGACCGGAGAGGCUGUUCCUCCGGAUGAACGAGAACCGCCCACAGGACGCGAGAACGAGAAGUUUAACGCGUCGGAAUUCGAACUCGCCCGACUUCAGCGAUGACUGAAAUACCAGGCUUAGCAUGUGAUAAUUCUGCAUAUGAAAAACAUUGCAUCGAAAAUUAGACGAUACAAAGAAGCCAUAAGCGAACACAGCGUGGCCCCGAUCGCGUCGUAUGUCGGAAACGAUCGCGAUUUUCCUCUACUCGAACCCUCUAUAUGUACUACGCUCGGUCCUCGUCGGUCGAGCCAAAGUGCCAAGCCGAGGGAUUCUCGCGAGCGAUCAGUCGGUCGGCGAAAUUUAAAAGGAACCCGCGGCGAUCGCUCGAGUACUUAUGGUCUUUGACCCAUGGCUGGAACUUCUUUGGUUCUUCGCAGUGAAAUUAACACUCGUUCUCGGUUCCGCGGAGUCCUGCGCGGGCUAUUGCUCUUCUUUCUGCAUUCGAGACAGGUUCCCCAGUCGGGUUUAUCCGUAGGAUUGGUCGACUGUCUUUCUCGCGGGCCCUUUUCCGCGAGACGGACAGUCGACCAAGCCCGCGGGCAAAUCGACGAACCUCGACGAUUUCGGUAGUUUCGAGACCUUUUGCGCACACGGAGGAAGAACAAAAGAAUAGCGACGAGACGCGUUUAUUUCUAUUCUCGAGUACAAAAGACCCUCGUGUUGAUUUGAAGUAUAUUUUUCGAAUUGAAAGAACAAAUCGAAAUGAGCGAACAGUACUCCGUGGAAGGUUGACCACUGU